CAUUAGCUCGAUUAUUAAACUUAUAAACUUAAAAGAGGAAGUUAUAAAAAACAAGUUUAAACUAAAUCAAAGAUAGCAGAAUGCCUCUGUUUGGUAUUGAGAAAUAUUACUCGCUCGUUCUUUUAUAUGGGAACUUGGUUAGACUCAUGUUUAUCCAGUGUGGUUAUUUUGAAAGCAUUUGGCAAUUAAUAAUUCACGUACUCCAUGAAAUUGUUGUAAAUGUAUAAAUAAAUGGUAUUUCAACAUAAAAUGUUUGCCAGUUUAUGUUGACAUAUCCGACAAAUAUAUUGAUUAAAUAAAGGUGUUAUCUAAAAACUACGCAAAUGCAUACCGCAGCCACAGAUUUAAUCGUUAGAUAAGAGAAAGCGUGUUUUAAUGGACCAGAGAGGAAUAUGUUCAUACAUGUUUGAAUGAUUGAAUGUUAUAAUUCAUUGACUUAAACUUGUAAGUGCAUCAAAUAAAAUGGCAACAUCAAAAUCAAGAAAAUCAAUAUGUGAUCUUCAUUCCAAUGAAGAGGCCACGGUGAUGUGUCUGAAACAUCAUCAACUCAUGUGCCUUGAUUGCGUUCUUGAACAGAAACAUAAACUCCAUGACUGCAUCAUAAAAGGAAUCGAAAAACUACUCCCCAGUGAAAAAUACCAGUAUGAACUCAUACUCUUAAGACGUGGACUGGUUGAUAAAAAGCUUGCAGUAGCUCAACAUACAACACAAGUUGGUAAGAAGCGAGAAGAUUUGAAGGAUGAAGUUGAAAAACAUUUUCAGGAACUGGUACAGAAAUUGCAAGACAUAAAGAAGGACAGCCUGAAAGAUCUGGAGGAGCAAGCAAAGAUUCUCCACGACCGUGAUUUGUUUGAGAUGAAACAAAUUGAAGAAAUAGAACUGCAUGUCAAAACCAACAUUGAGAAGUUGGAUGAUAUAAGCCAUGGAACGCAUGAUGACGAGCUACAAGAACUACGCAGGAAGGAAGAGACACUCAUACCUGAAAUUUGUCCAUCUGCAGUUCGAGGAUAUUUUUCUCCAUAUGUGAUACUUGAUUGCAAUACAAAGAGUUUGGGAAAAAUUGAGUUUUUUGACAUAGAUUCCACGGUGUCUUCCUCUGAUGACUACUUACGCCCAAAGUCAUAUACAGAACAAACUGUGUCAGCAGUUGUUGCACAAAGUUUGCAAUCUAACGUUGUUUCUGAUAUUGUAAACACAUCCGGAAUACACAUUACAAGCACGACGGAAACUCCUCCAGUAAUUGGUCCAAAGCCAAAACCAAGACAAAAAUCCAAGGAUCUGGAUAGAGGUAGCAAUGAACAUGCCAAACUUUUACCAACUGAUGCUACACAAGACAUGACAGAUUUUCCAGCACUUCCUACUGUUGGAAAGUCUGAUGUACGGAAUAUGGGAAUUAAAGAAAAAAAUAAACUUCGUACAAUAUCAAAAGAUUUACAGGACAUUCCAAAACCUGACUUUGAGAAACUCAAAGACAAAACGGUUAAACUUGAAAGCGGUAAAAAGAUGUCAUUGCCAAAGGCAGUAAGCUUUACAGAAGUAGUUAUCACUGACUUACACAAUAUUAUUUUACUGGACAAAACAGGUAACAUCAUUGUCAUGGCUGAUUUCAGUGGGCAGGUAAAAUGUUCCAAAGAUGUGCGUGGAGCUCAAAGACUAGUUUGUAUGCAAGACGGCUGUUUUGCAAUUUUCAACGGAAAGAAAAUCCAAAUGUAUGGAACGUCAUCAGAUAAUUUCAUACCAAGCAAGAAAAAGAUUGAAGGGUUAAAAAAUGAGAUCCCAUAUAUGACAGGCUUCAAUUAUAACUGCCAGACUAAACAGUUUGCUGUCAGUGGCCUGGACAAGAAUGCUGAAAUGAAGGUGAUAUUUGUCAAAGACUCUGGUGAAAAGGAUGCUAGUGUACUACUAUACAAACAAACACAGCCAUACGACUUUAACAUGAUCCGAACAACGUACAGCUUUGACGCAAAUAAACUUUUUUGCAUGAACAUUGAAAAGAAAUCCAUGAAAUGUGUAGCCUGUGACACCAAAAUACUUGACUGGGCUCAAAAAUGCUCUGACGGCGAUUUCUGUCCAAGAGAGAUGACACUUCGUGGAAACUUGCUCCUUGUCACUAGCCCAUCGUGCAUAUUCAUUUUCUCGAAGAACGACGGGGAAACGAAAAAGAAAAUUCCCACUGAGACAUUGCUCAGGGAUAUUCAUGGCAUUUGUUUCAUAGAGGAAGAGCAGCUUGCCGUCGUCACCUCUAUCUCAAAAGACCGCGAUGCUUCCCUGACCCUGGGAUUUGUCUCCAUUUAGAUAGUCUUUAUUACAUGGCAACGAGCUGUUGGAGCAUUGUGUUGUAAGAAAUGGAUUCCAAUGUUUUUAUGAGUCGACUCAACUAAUAAUAGUACGUACAUUAUACGGUUAACAGUGUUUGAGAGUAGUUUGCAACAAAUAUCAUAAUACAAUCUGCUGCUAGUGUUGGGAGGAAGCCUUUCAUUAUAAGGGUAAAAUGAAUAAUUUUAAAGUUCAACAAACCUUUGAAUUUAAAAUCAAAGGAGUUCCCAGAGUUUUUCAGUUCAACUUCAAAAGAACGUUCCUGCUGAAGCACUGGUAUAGAAACUUCGUAAUAUCAACUUCGUAAUUGGAGAGAGCAGCUUACAUCGGUAAACUCUUUUGCAGAAGACAUGCAAAGUGCAUCUCGGAUGCUCGGAUUUGUCUUGCCUUCUGCUGAAUUGUUAUUCUGUUUCUGUUACCGUAUUGGUUAGUCUGUGUCUUGACUUUUUAUGUUAUGGUAGUGUGUUUUUUCAUAAAUAAAAUGUAUUUAAUAAUUGUUAGAUGUGAUUUGCAUAGACUUGUUUGUCCUUUUGUUGAUUUUCAUUUUGUUUUGUUUGAUAUUUUUAAUGUACCUAAUGUUAUGUUUUAUUAUUGUUUUCGAAUACCCUAUAUACUUGUGUAUGCUUACUGUAGGUAAAUUAUUUUUGUCUAAAUAAAAAUAGCUUGUAUGUAA